UUCCUAUUGGCUGAUUCAGACAGAGUUCCAUUCUGGACGUCACAAUGCGGAAGUUGGACAAUGAGUUUCAGACUAAAACUUCCUCCUGUGUCCAACAUCUGACAGCCGGUGGGAAACUGAUCCCGGGAGUCUUCAGCGUGAGUUUGAGUGAUUUGAGUGAGACGGCAAGUGAGCAAGUCGGCCAGCAGAGGGAUGAUGAUGCUUUGACUGGACAAGAUAAGUUCAGGAUAUUAGAAGGGGAGGAUUUGCAGACAGCAAUCUCAAACCAAACAUCACGUCAAGAUCUGACAGACUCAGUCGACUCAUUGGGACCUGAAUAUGAACAGCCUUUGAAUCUAGAAGGAGAAAUGUUUGUCUGUUCUGUCUGCUUCAAAAGGUUUUAAGCAUCAGUGUGACUGGAAAAGCACCGAGACACACAUAACCGAGUGAGGGUGUUCCAGUGCUCUGACUGUGGAAAGAGCUUGAACCAGUUACUCAGCUUGUGUGAGGACGAGGCUUCAACUAAUCGUAGAACCUGGGGAGACACAAGGCCACGCGCACCAUGGAGAAACCAUGGAAAUGUGGGGACUGCGGGAAGGGAUUCAAAACCCCGUCUGUGUUGGAAACUCAUCGACGCAGUCACACCGGGGAGAGGCCUUUCAUCUGCUCUGAGUGUGGGAAGGGAUUCACUCAGUCAUCUCACCUGCAGACACACCAGCGAGUUCACACUGGGGAGAGGCCAUUCACUUGCCCUGAGUGUGGGAAUGUAUUCAGUCAGUUAUCCAGCCUGCAGUCACACCAGCGAAUUCACACUGGGGAGAGACCUUUCGCAUGUUCUGAAUGUGGGAAGGAAUUCAGGAAUGCAUCCCAGCUGCGGAGACACCAGCGAGUUCACACUGGGGAGAGGCCAUUCACCUGCUCUGAGUGUGGGAAGGGAUUUAGUGAAUCAUCCCUCCUGCUGAUGCACAAGCGAGUUCACAGCGGGGAGAGGCCAUUUACCUGCUCUGAGUGUGGGAAGGGAUUCGCUAGGUCAUUCUACCUGCUGACACACCAGCGAGUUCACACCGGGGACUGGCUUGUCUGUUCUGAAUGUGGAAAGAAAUUCACUCGAUCUUACGACCUACAGAUACACCAGCGAGUUCACACUGGGGAGAGGCCGUUCAUCUGUUACGUGUGUGGGAAGGGAUUCACUCGGUCAUCCACCCUGCAGACACACCAGCGAGUUCACACUGGGGAGAGGCCGUUCCCCUGCUCCAAAUGUGGGAAGGGUUUCACUCAGUCAUCCGACCUGCAGAAACACCAGCGAGUUCACACCGGGGAGAAGCCAUUCACCUGCUCUCUGUGUGGGAAGCGAUUCAGUGAUAUAUCCACCCUGCUGAGACACCAGCGAGUUCACACGAGGGAGAGGCCUGGUGUGUCACAGGCUCUGAGCGAGGGAAGAGAUUCACUUGUUCAUCCCAACAAUGGGGAAGCUCUGAUUGGCUGGAGGACCAGAGUCCUUUUGGUCCUCCAGUUGUUCCCAUUGGUCAAUCUGCCACAUGAAGCUAAUGAGGGAGCGGAAUCCCGCAUGGAUUUUGUUUCAGUGACAAAUGUAUCAAUUUCAAGCUGCAUCAGUGUUUGCUUUGAAAAUUGUUUGGAUUUCUGUCAGACUCCAAGGGAUCAAUGUCAGGUCCCUGGUAUCUGCCCGGGUGCGGCGGUGGGGGCGGGGGGGCACAAGACGGGGCCACAAUGCCACAAGGGGACAAAGCCCCUGGAGUUUGAGGAUGAAAUCGACAGAUACCUCGGCUGGGAGGGGAGGAGUCGGGAUAUUGACUGGGUAUCUGCAAAACCCACCAGAGUCAACCAGGCGACACUUAUUAAGAAUGUUUCCCCCCAUCGCUUCACAUCUGAAAGUUCAACUUGGAGCGAACUUGCUGCCAGAGCCAGGUUCCUGCAAGUCAACAAGUUGCCCCCAGAAUACGAAAAGAAAUGGAAAGGGGGAAACAUUGAUUUCCUCACAGAUGUUGCCCACAGGAUGUCAAACCUUGAGAUUCAGAAGGACAAGCGCACUAUGGAGAAACCAUGGCAAUGUGGAGACUGUGGGAAGUGCUAUCGAAUCCCAUCUGAACUGGAAAUUCAUCAUCGCAUUCACAAUGGGGAGAGGCCUUUCACCUAUUCCGAAUGUGGGAAGGGAUUCACUCGGUCAUCCCACCUGCUGAAGCACCAGCGGGUUCACACCGGGGAGAGACCAUUCACCUGCUCUGAGUGUGGGAAAGGAUUCACUGGGUCAUCUCACCUGCGGACACACCAGCGAGUUCACACCGGGGAGAGGCCGUUCACCUGUUCUGAGUGUGGGAAGGGAUUCACUCAGUCACCCAACCUACUGACACACCAGCGAAUUCACACUGGAGAGAGGCCGUUUAGUUGUUCUGUGUGUGGGAGUAAAUUCAGUCAGUUAUCCAGCCUGCAGACACACCAGCGAUUUCACACUGGUGAGAGGCCGUUCACCUGCUCUGAGUGUGGAAAGGGAUUCGCUGACACAUCGAGUCUGCUGACACACCAGCGACUUCACACUGGGGAGAGGCCAUUCAUCUGCUCUGAUUGUGGGAAAGGAUUCACUCAGUUAGCCCACCUGCAGAAACACCAGGGAAUUCACACUGGGGAGCGGCCAUUCACCUGCUCUGUGUGUGGGAAGGGAUUUGUUCAUUUAUCCAGCCUGCGCAGACACCAGCGAGUUCACAAAUAUGAGGAAAAUAUUGUACUGGACAGUAAAGAAAUUGGUAUAACUCACCGUGGGUGUAGUUCAGUGCAAUAUAACAAUCUGGUUUCCACCUACAUUCUAGUGAAAGUCAAGAAAGUGGAGGCAGUUUCAAUCAGCAGCCUGCGGGCAGCUUGGUCAAUCAGCAGGAAGUGUGGGACCAGGAGCUGUGAACCGGCUGUGGGACGAGAAGCCAAGAGGGUCAUUAGGAACCAGUGUGUCCUCAUGUUUAAAUCCCUCAGCAAGAAGGACACCCACACUAUGGAGAAACUGUGGAAAUGUGGUGACUGUGGGAAGGGAUUCAUAUCGCCAUCAAAGCUGGAAAUUCAUCGACGCAGCCACACUGGAGAGAGGCCGUUCACCUGCUCCAUGUGUGGGAAGGGAUUCACUCAUUCAUCCCACCUGAUGAGACACCAGCGAGUUCACACCGGGGAGAGACCAUUCACCUGCUCUGACUGUGGGAAGGGAUUCACUCAGUCGUCCCACUUGCGGAUACACCAGCGAAUUCACACCAGGGAGAGUCUGUUCAUCUGCACCAUGUGUGGGAAACGAUUCACUCAGUCAUCGAGCCUGCUGAGACACCAUGUCACUCACACUGAUGAGAGACCCUUUAAAUGUUCUGACUGUGGGAGUAGGUUCAAAAGCUCUCGGGAACUGAUGUUCCACCAGCGUUUUCACACUGAGGAGAGACUGUUCAGCUGCUCUCACUGCACGAAGAAGUUUAGAAGUUCAUCCAACCUGCAGGAACACCAGCGAGUUCACACCAGGGAGAGGCCGUUCACCUGCUCUGAGUGUGGGAAAGGCUUCAUUCAGUUGUCCAAACUGCAGAUGCACCAGCGAGUUCACACUGGGGAGAGGCCAUUCACCUGCUCCAGUGUGGGAAGAGAUUUGCUUAUUUAUCCAGCCUGCUGAGAUACCAGCGAGCUUACAGUGGGGAGAGGCUAUUCAUCUGCUCGGAGUGUGGGAAGGGAUUCAGUCAUUCAUCUGGUCUGUGGACAAAUUAGCAAGUUCACACUCGGGAAAGGCCAUUAACCAGCUCUGACUGUGGAAAGGGAUUCAGUCAUUCAGCACAUCUGUGGAUACAUCAGCGAGUUCAUACUGGAGAGAGGCCGUUCACCUGCACCGUGUGUAUGCAGCAAUUCCCUCAGUCACCCAGCCUGCUGACACACCAUGACGCUCACAUCAAUGAGAGACCCUUUAAAUGUGCUGACUGUAUCUGGGCUCCAAACUUUAGGAAAGAUGUUAAGUUCUUUGAUUGGGUGCAGAGAUUUACGACAAUGGCACCAGGAAUGAGGGACUUCAGUUAGUUGGAUAGACUGGAACAGCUGAAUUUUCUGUCUUUGAAUCAUGGAGUCAUUAAGAUAUACAAAGAGACUAUUCAGCCCAUCAAUUCCAUGCUGGCUCUCUGUAAUACAAUCCAGUCAGUUUCAUUCCCCUGUUCAAUCACUGAAUCACUGAAAGUUUAUUUCCCUCAAGUGUCCAUCCAAUUGUCUUUUGAAAUUGUUCAUCAUCUCUGCUUCCCACCCUGCCCCUUGUAGACAGCGAGUUCCAGGUCAUUAGCAUUGGCUGUGUAAAAAUAUUCCUCCUCACAUCCCCCCUGCAUCUCCUUAAAUCUGUGUCCCCCUUGUCCUUGUACCGUCAGCGAAUGGGAACAGCUUUUCUUUGUCCACCUUAUCUAAACCUGUCAUAAUCUUG